AUGGAGCGUGUGAAGUUAAUUUUGCAGCAUUUUCAAUCCAACUCUGAAUCAAUCUCCAAUGGAAUUUGUAUCCUCCUCGCCUUGGUUAGUGUCAAACUUUACACCAGCUUUGACUUCAACUGUCCGUGCCUUCCUCAGUACAACAGACUGUACUCUUUGGGAGUGAUGGUUGUUCCACCGAUUAUCCUUUUCGUCCUGGGUGUCCUGGUCAAUCGACACACAGGUGUCAUGAUGGACGAGUUGAUAAGACCUGGUGGAAAACGGUCUAAAAAUACAGCUGUGGUGACAUAUUUAUUCUCAGCCAUGGUCCAGCGGGCCCUACUUGCACCAGUGGUAUGGAUCCUAGUCACUUUACUGGAUGGAAAAAUUUUCAUCUGUGCCUUCAGUGUGACUGUCGAUCCUGUACUAUUCUCAGGUUUGCCCAACAACACUGGAUUGGAUGUGAUCAAAAUCAUGGCUAAAGUGCCCUGCAAGGAGGAUGUCAUCUUCAUUAAUAGCUCUUUCCACAAAGCAGUGGCUCGUUAUGUUCGCUGCUAUUCACAAGGAGUUGGCUGGUCCAUCCUCCUUUUCCUGAUUGUGCUGGGAGCAUUGGGACGACUCAUCAAGCCUUGUUUUGAUGACCAUGCCACCUUCCUGCAAACACGCUAUUGGAGCAAUUACCUUGAUGUGGAGCAGAAACUCUUUGAUGAGACAUGUGUCCUCCAUGCACGAGACUUUGCACGGACAUGUGUGGUGCAGUUCUUUGAAGACAUGAGGGAAGAUGUUGAAUUAAGUCCCCCACAUCCUCAAUCCAUUAAACAUUUUAAGGAAAAGGGGGAAGACAAAAAAGGGGAGGGACUUCAUGGGAUAACAAAGCAAGAGCAAGUGGACAACUUACUCAAUAAAUGGUAUUUCGGUAAACCUGAACUGGAUGUUACCAGAGCUGCCUACAGGCUGCUUUUUACCUGCAAAAAAGAAAGGGGAAAUCUUUUAUUCUGA